UGCGCUGUUUGCUUAAAGGAAUUUCUGUAAGAAAUAUUCUAAAUAUAUAAAUAAAUAGACUAGACAUCCCUGAUUUUGGAAAUAAAUUGAUCCAAUUUAGAAGGAUGGGAGAGUCCACUAGGCAUAAAUGGGUUAAAUAUGUCAAUGAAAAACGAAGCCCCACAGUUAAUCAAUCUCAUUGAAAUAUCCACAAUCAAUAGAAAUAUACAACCAUAUAUAGACGCGUUAAUGGCACAAUCCGGUACCGUAUAAAUAAAUAAUCGACAUAAACUGGUUAACAUAAUGUAUCUUCGCUGCUUACCACGUUACCGGUAUUUACAUUAAGGGAUGGGCAUUUAUCACGAAAACCAGUGGAUAUAUAGCUCAUGUAGCUAGCGAUAUUGUUAUGUCAGAGUCGGAAUGGCUCGCAUAAAAUACCUAAAGACGGAAGAGACGGCCGCGAAGGCGGUGAACCACAUCCUGAUAAGUGAGCAGCCUCUGAUAGGGGUCAAAUGUCUAGGGAGUUGCGUGGGGGAGAAAGGAGGCCGCAUAACGUUAGUGGUGGUGGGAUGCUGGGACGGCAAUGUGUACAUAUUCGACACCCAGAAGUGUCCCAACAUUAUGUACGCGGGUCAGCUCCUCCGGCUGCUACAGUCAGCAGAAGUGUUGAAGGUAUUCGCUAAUUGUGAUUCAGACCACACCACUUUGUCACAGCAGUUUGCAGUGAGCAUCCAGCAUUUCUACGACGCUCAGAUCGCCCAUGCAAUCAUCAUGGAAAGAAGUGGACUUCCGGCGCGCAGACUGACACUGGAACAACUGUGCGAGACGUACAAGCAGACAAUACCAUCCUCUAAUUCAAACCUUCAGCGUCUUCUCCACGAGGACAUGAACUUCUGGGCGCGCCGUCCGGUAUCACGUGACAUGCUAGAGCUUGCCGCUGCCCAUGUCCGGCCUCUGGUUCCCGGCAUAUUCGUCGCUACAGAUAGGUCAAUGCCGACGGACAGUGACCAGUGGUUUACGCAUCAGUGUGAGGAGAACCGUCGGCGCCGGCUACCGUUGUACGCGCCGCCGGUAAACGUCCACCAAGCCAUUAAACAUUGUUGCACAUGCCGGAACUGCGAUAAAACACGUGGACAGUUGAUGGGACUGUAUAGCAGCAACAACCCCGAUGUAUGAAGCGGAGUUUUAGUUUUAACGAAUUCCAAAACUCUCAUAGAUAUCAAAAUUAAUUUUUGAAAAAGUACAAUGACUACCCACUGAUUACAUUCUAUUUCCUAACAUUAAUACUUGUAUCAGGCGUAUUUUAUUACGACACGUAGCACAUUCAAUUAAGAUUCGUGCACAACUGUUGCUCGAUGUUCUUUUUCUAUUUCUAAAAUACACAAAGAGAACUGAAUUUUUUUAUUCCAUGACGGCAAUAUAUCAAAUUGUAAGUUAUUUGCGUGCUUUCUCCAUUAGCAAAAUUGAUAACGUUGAAGAACAUUGUUUUAAGCUCCUUAAUUAAGGUUGUUGUAUGAAAUGUAAAAGAAUCAAUACUUAAACUAGUGACUUUGUCUCAUUAAAUAAAUUGGUAAGAUCUUUUACAUGCUUGCAAUGGAUAUUUUCAUAUUAAAAAGUAAAAAAAUUA